AGGUCGAAGUCGAACCCACUUGCCCAUAGAAUUCGGUUUGUGUAAUUGGAAUUAGUAUUUAAACCAUCAGAAAAUGGCAGCAAAAAAGGAAAAAAACAAUCGAGCACUGAUCUGGAAAAAUUGAUAGUGUGUACGAGGGGGAGUUGAUUUGAUAGGAUGGGGUCUGGAUCCAAUUGGACGGCCAAACAGAACAAAGUGUUUGAAAAUGCUUUAGCCAUCUACGACAAAGACACGCCGGAGCGGUGGCAGAAUCUGGCCAGAGCCGUCGGGGGCAAGACCGCGGAGGAAGUGAAACGACACUACGAAAGGUUGGUUGAAGAUGUGAACAAGAUCGAAACCGGCCAAGUUCCUUUCCCUAAUUACAGAAGGUCCGUACCUGCCGCCCGAGGAUUUUACUUUCUUGACCAAGAACAAAGGAUGAGGAGUCUGCAAUUGAAUUGAAGUAGGAAUGUGGGAAGAGAGGAGUUCUACGUUUCUAUCUCUCCAUUAACUUUUUCUUCAGCUAAAACUUGAAAUUUGCAAGCAACAAAUAUUUAUGAAAUAUGAAGGCCAAAUGUAGCUAAGGCAGUUUUAAUUUUCUUCACCCAUCUUCAAUUGUAAUUUCUAGUUUUUAUCUUUUAUCUUUUAUCAACUGUCUCCAAAUUGUUUUAUAUUAAAUAAAUACUACCUUUGGUAUAGUUUAAAACACAUCAAAUUGGAGGAAAGGAUCACGGUUGAGUUUA